ACUGCGAUGCGGCGGCGAGGCUCAGUCACACGUCUGGAGGGUCGAGAUGACGCGACUGGUCAGUCUGCAAAUGUUCUCGCUGCUGGUGUUCAACGAGCACAUGUCCGCCGCCCGGAGCUCCUCCGGCUGCCUCAGCCCGGAGCAGCUGAGCCGCUUCCAGCGGCGGCUCUGGGGCAGAAUGCGGGUCCCCGCGAACCUGCUGGACGCGCGGACGUGCGCGCAGACGGCCGCGGACAUGCGCGGAGACCUGAGCAACCGCUCCCUGUCCCCGUGGAGGUACCGGCUCAACGUAGAUGAGGACCGGAUCCCUCACCGGAUUCCCUUCGCCGAGUGCGUGUGCGGUGGCUGCAUCAUCAACCGGCGCGAGGACCUGAGCUACAACUCGGUGCCCGUGUUCGCGUCGCUGGCGGUCCUCAGGAAGUCUCCGUGCCCUCAGAACCCAAAGAAGUUUGUGUUGAACAGAGGCGUCGUCGACGUGCCGGUGGGCUGCACGUGCGCCGUGCCCAAGUACGCCGAUUGACGCGGAAAAAGCGCCGUGAGCUACUUAGUACAGUUUAAUGUUCGUCUGUUGGAAAUGCACUGUACCUCGAAAUACUACGUGAGUACGGUACUCGACUAAACGUACGACCCGUUCUCUGCACCGACACCUCAAACACAGACGUUUGAGUCACUGAGCUACAAACUAGCGUCAGUUUUAGACGGCGGGUAAUGUGACCGUUAGCCGGCGGCCGCCUCGGGUUCUUCGUGGCCCGCGUAGUUCACGUAUCGACGAGCUCGUCGCGUGACCGAUGGACCAAAGAGGCACACGGCCUCCGUCAGGUGGUGUCCGUCUGAUAUUUAGAAGCUCGGGACAGACAGACACGGACAAAUAAGCUUCUUUCAUUUAUUUAUUUUCUUCUCUCGGUGCAUUCGUUCUCUCUUUAUUGGGAACAAUUGGAAAAGAAAAAGACGCCACGUCGACCCCAAGAACGGCGAAUUUGUCAAAUAGUUUCCGGAAAAAUAUGCAGGCGAGCGUCUCAGUUCCCACCUGUUUCCACUCUUUGUGCUAAGCUACGCAUCGGGAGAGCAAAUGUACACAUUAAGCUAUUCCUUUAAAACUGGGCAGCGUUGGACACACGUUAAUACUUUAUUUUUUUUAUCACUGUUAGGUGCUGUUUAACAUUUGACGUAUGCCUCAUUAGGAUGAUUAAUACGAAUAUUCAUCACGUUAGUUUUACUGUGAUCAAAUGUAAAGCUGUGACGUCGUCUUGGUUUCGAAACUGUGAAUGUCGCCCUCUGCUGGACUGAAUGUGUAAAACCUCUGGAGGUUAAAAUGUGAAUGUUGUUCAUCGACUCGUUAAAGUAAAUUAUUUUCCACCAUAAGACAUUUUGGUGAUGUUUUUUUUAGAUUUAUGUUUGUAGUUAAGGCUUUUAUAGAGUGUGAAGGCACAACGGAGCCUCAGUCACAACCAGGAAAUAAAAGGUUUUCUCUGUGUC